UAUUUAUUUAUUUAUUUUUUUUUCCUCAGUAUUUGUCAUUUUAUUAAUAUUAUUAUUAUUAUUCAUGUUACAAGAAUAUCCAACACAAAUACAACCCAAGUCAUCUUCAACAAGAGGAACUCAAGAUUCAUUACAACAAGAAUCAGACACAUCUACCAAUAAAGUAGAUGCAGAGGCUAGUCGCAUUCUUAUUGACUUGGCUAACCAAGGUACAAAUGAUAACACUCAUAAUGUGAUAAUGUCAAAUAAAAUACACAAUAAAGCUAAAGUGAAGAAGCAUAGUUAUCAACUACAAUCAGAUCCUAUCAUGUUAUUAGCUGCUGCUGCUGCAGUUAUUGACAAGGAAAGUAAUAAUAAAGAUGAUUAUAAAGGCGGUAGUCGAGUUUAUGAACGAAGAGAAAUUCAAUUAAAUAGUAGACAACAAGGCAGUUUAAAGAGGAAAUCAUAUACAUAUGGUGUCAAUAGUAAUUCAAAAUCAUCUCUUUUUCAACAUCGUCGACAUAGUGAGAAACGUCAUUAUUAUCAGAGAGGUUCGAUAUCAACACAAGAUAACACGUGGUCACCUUUAAGAAAAGAUGAAGAAGUAGUAGUAGUAGAAGGGGCUAAAGGGAGUUCACAUAACAAGACAACUACAACAUUUUCAUGGCAAUUUUUAUCCAUGAAACAAAAUCCACGUAUAAAACGAAAUGCAAUGCAUGCAUAUAUUACAUAUAUGAUAUAUACUGACAUGGCUCAAGAGCAACAAAGACGUUCUAUGGUAUAUAUGAUUAAAUAUUGACACAGAUAGUAUUCUAUAUUUACAUAAUAUACCAAAUUAGAAAGUAGAAGAGAAUACAAUCUAUAAUACUCCAUCUUCCGAUUGGCUUAAUAAUAAUUCAUCUAUUACUAUGCAGUCCUAUAGAUUACCUCCUUCUCCUCGACAAAAACGACAUGAUUCGCCUCCGACAGAGUCUAUUAUGGGUCGACCCUUAACUGAUUUCUUAUUUGAAAGGAAUAACACUAGAUCAAAAACCAUUCUACCUCUUCCACAACAACAGCAGCAACAACAACAACAACAGACGACAACUGCUAGUUUCUUUUAAAACUUUCCAAUUAUGUAUAAAAGAAG